AUGUCUACCGCAACUCUUAACAGUCAACCACAGAGAACAGUAGGAGGUGGCGUGGGUGGCUACAAGGACAUAUCAGUCCAGGGCAUCAACCACAAGAAUGAGCUAGAAGGCACAGACAAAUAUGGACCAGCUAGUUAUCCAGAAUACCUACCAGUCUGGGACAAUGAGAAAGGCGAGAAAUAUCCCGCCCUAACCCACUUCGAACACUACGAGCACGGCAAAGACGCAGAUCCAACUUUCCCUAACCUGCUAAAAGAAGGCUCAGUUCUCGAAAACAUCACCAGCUCCAUCGGCGCCGAAGUCACUGGCAUCCAGCUAUCCCAGCUCAACGACGCCGGCAAGGACGAACUAGCACUGCUCGUUGCGCAGAAAAAAGUCGUCGCCUUCCGGAACCAGGAUUUCGCCAACCUACCGAUUCAGAAAGCGCUGGAUUUUGCAGCAUAUUUCGGUCGGUUGCAUGUCCACCCUGCUUCGGGAGCGCCAAAGGACUUCCCAGAAGUGCAUUUGGUCCAUCGUGGUGCUGAGGAUACGUCGUUUGCCAGCUUCUUGCAGGAGCGGACGAAUUCGAUUGCGUGGCAUUCGGAUGUGACUUAUGAGCUGCAGCCGCCUGGGACGACCUUUCUUUAUGCUCUUGAUGUGCCGACCUCGGGGGGUGAUACGUUGUUCGCGAACCAGGCCAAGGCUUAUGAGAGACUUUCUCCUGCUUUCCAAGAACGAUUGGCGGGAUUGAAGGCUGUGCACUCUGGGUUCGAACAGGCUCAGAGCUCGUAUGCGAGAGGAGGAGUGUACCGUCGUGAUCCUGUGCAGAGUAUUCACCCACUUGUGCGAACACAUCCUGCCACUGGCGAAAAGGCAUUAUUCGUCAACCCACAAUUUACUAGGUACAUUAUUGGGUUCAAGAAGGAGGAAAGUGAUUACCUGCUCAAGUUCCUUUAUGACCACAUCGCCUUGAGCCAGGAUAUUCAGGCCCGUGUCAGAUGGGCACCAGGGACAGUGGUGGUUUGGGACAAUCGUGUGACGGCACACAGUGCGCUUAUUGACUGGGAGACUGGUGCUCGGCGACACAUUGCUCGCAUUACGCCUCAAGCAGAACAGCCAUAUGAGACUUGA